CGAGCUUACUGCCAGACAGACAGACAGUGCGAGGUAGGCGGGCAUCGUAAGAGGACGUUGCUGCCUCGGCUGUGGUGGAUAGUCGUUGUCUCGACCCCCGUCUUCUUCCACAGACGAAGGCUCGUGGUUCCUCGCCGCCUGAAGGAAAUAUUUUGAUAGCCGCCCAGUCCACGGGACUGUAUUUUGUUUUAGGAUGAGGGAGAUGUAGUUGAUUCCAUACAAUACAAAGAGACACUUUCCUAUAAAUAGAAACACUGAAAUGUCUGUUUUGUGCUGUGAAUGAUUUGAGUGGCUCUAGGGGCACGAUUAUCAGUUUCAAGUUUUGGUGGAGUUCAAUCAGUGACAUCUUCCAGACAAUGGCAGAAACAAUAUCGGGACGGCCUUUUGGUUUGCGGCCAGCCAGGUUCGUGGCCCUAUUAGUCCUCGUGGUUUCGGGAUCUUUAGUGGAGGGUCAAGGAAGACGAUGCCCUGCAAAAUGCCUCUGCUUCCGGACCACCGUUAGGUGCAUGUUCCUGCAGCUUGAUGCCAUUCCGGAGGUGCCCGGGGAAACGACUAUAUUAGAUCUUCGGUUCAACAAGAUCAAAAGCAUUCCUCCCAAUACCUUCCAGGAUUUAAGCCAUCUUCAUACUCUGUUGCUAAACAAUAAUCACAUCGUGAGGUUACAGAAUGGAUCCUUCAAUGGACUCAGUGAGCUGCGUUAUUUGUAUCUCUAUAAGAAUCGGAUACGUGUGAUUGAGAAGCAGGUGUUCCAAGGCCUCGACAAAUUGGAACAGCUGUAUCUGCAUUUCAACGAUCUUGCAACUUUUGAGGCCGACACCUUCUCCAACAUACCCAGCUUGGAGAGACUGUUCCUUCACAACAACCGCUUGCAGAGAGUUCCGAAAGGAGCCUUCAGGAACCUUCAUUCUUUGAGGAGGCUACGUUUGGAUUCCAAUGCACUUGUGUGCGACUGCCAAUUGAUGUGGCUGGCUCAGAUGGUCAAGGAGAAGCAACAUCGAACUCAAGUAGCUGCCACUUGUCAGUUCCCUGUCCCACUUCAAGGGAAAAGUCUUACGUCGCUGACUGACACAGAAUUUCAGUGUAGAGGAACUCCUCUCAUCACAGAAGGUCCAGCCGAUAUAGACGUCAGGUUUGGAGGGACAGCUUAUUUUACUUGCAAGGUGGAGGGGGACCCACAGCCUGAAGUCGUCUGGUUCCACAACAAUGAAGUCAUUGACGACAAGGACAGAUACAGCAUUCUUACAGAUGGCACCCUCAUGAUUGAGAAUACGCAAGGCGAUGAUGUUGGCUUUUAUGAAUGCAUGGCUUCUAAUCCUGCGGGUGAAGUGCGCUCCAGGAAAGCAAAAAUGGCACCUGAAGAUGAGGCAGCUAUAGUCAGCGAUGAAGAGAGUCCAAGACUUGCAAUCAGUGAGGAGAUAGAUGACGUCAGGGAACUAGACCCUGUGUUUCAUGCUCCGCCGGAACCAGAGGCGGAGGCAAGGACGCAGGUAGAUGAGGAGCCGAGUGUCCAUUUUCCGGACACUGCAGAAGUGCCCGUUGAAACAGCGCGAGAACAAGGACCAUCGAAACCUCGUUUACUUCGUUUGCCAUCCAAUGUGAAUGUGACCGAGGGAUCUCCAGUUGAAAUAGAAUGUGAAUCAAUUGGGACUCCCAAGCCUCAUAUUUCCUGGACCAAGGGCGGUGAUUUUGUAGUUGAAGGACCCCGAAUACAGGUUUCUAGCAGAGGAACGUUUUCUGUUUCCUCUGCUGAACGCCAGGAUGCUGGAAUCUAUCGCUGCACUGCUGCAAAUCAUUUAGGACGCGUCUCUGCAGUAGCCACGUUAAGAGUCUUAGUCCGUCCGACAAUCACGAUGGAACCACAUGACCAAUAUACAAGUCCAGGCUCAAGUAUAGUCUUCUCCUGCCAAGCUGAUGGUGCACCUACUCCCCUUAUUUCAUGGUACAAAGAUGGCCAACUUCUUGUUCCUUCUGGUAGAUUAACAAUCUCUGUGGGUGGAAUCAGUCUUGGAGUUCAACAUGUGAAAGGGUCUGAUGAAGGUGAAUACAUUUGUCGUGCUCACAAUUCUGCAGGACAUGUUGAAGCUGCAGCAACCCUGUAUGUCAGAGACAAGGUGGCUCCAGUUAUUCGUAAGGAACCAAGAGAUGAGUCUGCAGUUUCAGGCCAGGAAGUUGUAAAGAUACCCUGUAAAGCAGAUGGACGACCAAAGCCCGUCAUUAUAUGGAGAAAAGAUGGUCAUAUCCUGGAAAAUGGUGAAAAGCAUAGGAUUGAAGCUGAUGGGUCACUGUACAUAAAUAACAUUAUUGAAGAUGAUGCCGGUAUAUAUGAAUGCAGCGCUGAAAACCACGUUGGCUUUGAUACAGCACGUGCCAGAUUGACUGUUGAAGCUGAGCCUCAGACACACAUUGGAGAUGAAUUCUUACAAUCGAGCUUUAAUGAAGCUCACGAGCAAGUGGACAGGGCUGUUAAUGACACAAUAAGUCAGCUGUUCCAAAGAGAGCGAAACAGUUCACCAAAUCCUCAUGAACUGCUGAGAAUAUUUCGGUUUCCAACCGGAGAAGGAAGAGAAAUUGCCAGAGCUGCUGAGAAGAUCGAGCAGACCUUGAGGAUCGUGAAGACUCACGUGGAAUCUGGAAUGGUUUUCAAUUUAACAAGUUACAAUUAUCAAGACCUUCUUUCUCCAGAAAAGUUAAUACUUCUGACAAAUUUGUCUGGAUGCUUGUCACACAGACGAACUGUUCAUUGCUAUGAUAUGUGCUUCCAUAAUAAGUACAGGACCAUAGAUGGCACUUGCAAUAAUCUACGGAAUCCAUUAUGGGGUUCGUCCUUAAACUGGUUUAGGCGAAUCCUUCCUCCCAUUUAUGAAAAUGGGUUCAAUACACCCAUGGUAAGGUGGUCCAAAACUAAACGUUAUCACGGGUUUUUCAAACCAAGUGCUAGGUUGGUAUCCACUCGCAUCAUUAGCACUGAAGAAGUCUCUCCUGAUCACCACUGUACACACAUGCUGAUGCAGUGGGGACAAUUCUUGGAUCAUGACAUUGACCAUGCACUUCCAUCAAUAUCUUCAGAGAGUUUUCAUGAUGGAGUCAGUUGCCAAAGGUCAUGUGACUAUGCUCCGCCAUGCUUCCCAAUUGAGAUCCCACCAGAUGACCCUCGUAUUCGUCAUCAUCGUUGCAUGGAAUUCACAAGGUCCUCUGGAAUUUGUGGUUCAGGAAUGACAUCUGUGUUUUUCAAUACUGUGUUACCAAGGGAACAAAUUAACCAGCUCACCAUCUUAUUAUGUUUAUUUCAGGUAUAUGGGUCAAGCGCAGGAGAAAUGAGGUUACUCCGUAAUUUGACAAAUAACAUUGGCGACUUACGCACAGGAAUUUUAAUGUCCUCAGGAAAACCCCUCAUGCCUUUUAGUGAUGGUGCUCCAGUAGACUGUCGACGAGACCUUAGAUUGGAGAGCGCGAUUGACUGUUUCGUGGCUGGUGAUAUUAGGGCAAAUGAACAGUCUGGCCUAACUGCAAUGCAUACGCUUUGGUUCAGAGAGCACAAUAGAGUUGCUCAAGCAAUGAGAGAACUUAAUCCACACUGGGAUGGAGAUAUGGUAUUUCAUGAAGCAAGAAAGGUUGUUGGUGCUGAGAUGCAACACAUUACUUAUGCACAUUGGAUGAAGCACAUUUUAGGUCCACAGGGAAUGGAGAUGUUAGGGGAAUAUAAAGGCUAUGAUCCAUCCAUCAACCCUACAGUUAGUAAUGUGUUUGCUACUGCAGCUUACAGGUUUGGGCACUCUCUCAUCAACCCAAUCCUUCAUCGCCUGAAUGCUACAUUCCAGCCUAUAGCUGAAGGCCAUUUACCUUUGCACAAGGCUUUCUUUAGCCCUUGGCGUAUUGUACAGGAAGGAGGUAUUGACCCUCUACUUAGAGGCCUUUUUGCCACUCCAGCUAAACUAAAGAUACCUGGGCAGUUCCUGAACACGGAGCUCACAGAAAAGUUAUUCCGUGCAGCUCAUGAGGUAGCACUUGACCUUGCGUCACUGAAUAUCCAGAGAGGUAGAGAUCACGCUCUCCCUGGUUAUACUGAGUACCGACGAAUUUGCAACCUUUCUGUACCUGAAGACUUUGACGAACUAGCUGAAGAUAUAUCUUCAGUAGAAAUCCGUGAAAAACUCAAACAGCUGUAUGGUCAUCCAGGUAAUGUUGAUGUGUGGGUUGGAGGAUUAUUAGAAGAUCGUCUUGAUGGAGCACGAGUGGGGCCAACAUUCCUUUGCUUACUUGUAGAGCAAUUUAGAAAAUUACGUGAUGGUGACAGAUUUUGGUACGAGAGUCCAUCUGUGUUCACUUCGGAGCAACUGGCACAAAUAAGACAAAUUACUUUAGGCCGAGUGUUGUGCGAUAAUGGUGAUGAGAUCAAUGAUGUGACACCAGAUGUAUUUGUGUUGCCAAGAGAGCAGACUCCAGCUUUUAUACCAUGCAGUGAUGUACCGAUUGUUGACCUGCGCAUGUGGAAAGAAUGUUGCUCAGAUUGUCGUAACUCGGGAAAUUUUCACCGACUGUCAGAUCCUGGUGUUCGUUUUCGACGGCAGACAGACUUUACCCAUGUUGAAGACAGGGAACAUGAAUUAAUGGGUAUUGAUGACGAUGAACAAAUUAUCUUUCCGGAGUAUUCUUCACCUAGAACUUUUAAAUACAAUCCAAGGAAUUCCUCCGUUACAUCAGAGAGUUCUUACCAACAUUCUUACAGCUUUAAUGGACUCUUGUCUGAAGACUCUUCUAAUGAAAGUGAAGAUGAAGAAAUCAUUGUUGAUGAUUUUGGAACUUACGAACAAGACAUGACUGAACAACGAAUAGAGGGUAUUGAGGUCUUGGUUGAGCAACUCUCAAAAACAGUUAUGGAGCUGAACAAAAAGGUUGAUACAUUGGAAAAAAUGUGUGAUGGCAAUAUUCGGAAAAAAAAGAUAUGCAAAGAUGAAGACGGUAGAGAACGCAGACAGAGGGAAAUCUGGAAAAAAGAUCCAUGCACUUCUUGUAGAUGUCGGAGAGGAAAAGUGCGAUGUCGUGUACUUACUUGCCCUCGGUUGACAUGCAUUAAUCCAGUAGUACCAGAAGGGGAAUGCUGUGCAAAAUGCUGAUGUAAAAAUUAGUUAAUGGUAGUACAUUUGAAAUGACUGAUGCAUAUGUUACAACACAUAUUUUUGCUAAAGAGAUUCAUUAAAGACCUUUAUUGGUAAUUUAAAUAUUGUAUUUGAGCUGACAGUGACAUGUGAGGCACGUAGAAAUGAAAGAAGUUGCAGUACUUGAGAAAUUAUUCUAUAUAUAUAUAUAUAUAUAUAUAUA